CUGACCAUGAUCCUCCGCGAGGAUGCCCACGCCUGCGCAGUGAGGAACUUUGUAGCUUCCUUCGGUUUGCAAAACACUUGGUAUUUUUUGGGCUUGAAGAACGAAGAAAAUCGCUUUUAUUUUUGCGUCGCUUCGUCUCAUACGUGAAGUCGAUUCUGUGAAGAUACCUCAGACUCAGCCAUGGCCUGGGCACGGACAUCAGACUCCCUCGAUGCAGCCGCCGAUGCCGCCGACGGCCUGACCGCGGACUUCGACGCCAGUCUUUCGGGACUGGGGCACGAACUGGGGUCCACCGCAUACAACAUGAGCGAGGUCUUGGCUCUACCCAUCUUCAAGCAGGAGGGACUUGAGAACAGUUUCCAGUAUAUCUUGUGUGCAGCAACAUCUCCAGCCUCCAAAAUCAAUGAAGAAACUGUGACUUAUCUCAACCAACGUCAGUCAUAUGAGCUGAGAUUAAAGCGCCUGGGAGACAACAGCAGUUUUCAAGGAGGAGAGUUACUUAAGAGUGUUGUGCGUGUGGUGUUCCACGACAGAAGGUUGCAGUACACAGAGUAUGAACAGCUGGCCCAGUGGAGGUCCAUCAGGCCCAAUGAGAGACUGCUUGAUAUUGAUAUCCCCCUGUCAGUGAAUAUUUAUGACAUCAGGAAGGACCCUACUGCCGUCAACAAAGUUGAGUUCCAAUGGGAUCCCAACAAAGAUACCUCUGUGGCAAUACAGGUCCACUGCAUAAGUACAGAGUUCACAGCACAUCGGCAUGGAGGUGAGAAGGGCAUCCCCUUCCGUAUACAGGUGGACUCCUACUCCAUAGAGGAAGAACAUCUCCACUCUGCAUCAUGCCAGAUUAAGGUCUUUAAGCCAAAGGGUGCUGAUCGUAAAAUAAAAACUGACAGGGAGAAGAUGGAGAAGAAGCCAGACAAGGACAAGUACCAGCCCUCCUACGAGUACACCAUCCUCACAGAGGUCUGUAUCAUGCCCCUACAUGAUACAUGUACACAACAGGAAAACGUGUAUCAGUCCGGAACAUCACCACAGCACAACGUUUGUACUUCACCUGAUGCGUCCUUCAAUUCACCUGCCAGCAGCAGCUACAACAGCAGUUUUCAGAGCCCACCUGACAUAAAUAGGUCAGUAAAAACCUUAAUGUUCUCACCUCACCUCUCCGGUCUGUUACUUACCUUUGUUUGUUUCCCCCACAGAAGUCUGCAAAGCCCCACCAACUCCACUACCCAUCCUCCCCCCACAGAGGAUGGGGAUGAUAAGGCUGGAGCCACCGAGUCCCUCAUCCUGCCAUCUGAGCCUCUCUCUCCAGGUGCCAGCAUUCAAGAGACACAGAACUGGCUGGUGCACAACAGAUUUGGGAACUAUGUCAGAACAUUUAAUAACUUUGCAGGAGCUGACUUGUUGAGACUAACCAGAGAAGACUUGGUGCAGAUUUGUGGCCCAGCUGAUGGCAUCAGACUUUUCAAUGCCCUUCAAGCCAGAGCAAUUAGACCAAGACUGACCAUGUACGUCUGUCUAGAGUCACAACAUGUCUAUCAUGCAAUCUUCCUGGAGAACCUGUGUGUGGAAGAGCUGAAGCUGAAGAUUGCCCAGCUGUUCAACGCCUCUCCUUCACAGUUAGCUGAUCUCUACAGACAAGGGCCCACUGGGAUCCAUGUCAUCAUCACUGAUCAGAUGGUGCAAAAUCUCAACGAUGAGACUUGUUUUGCCCUGUCCAUGGUCAAAGCGGAGAAUGACGAGACCAGAUACCAUGUGGUCUUCAAGUAGUAACCAGGACAAGUCCUAUUAGUUUUAGAUACAUGUCUUCUAAGGAGUUUUGUCAAAGGAUGAAAGGAAACUGCUGUUGAUAUCUUAAAGAAAUCGCUAUAAAACUGCUUCCAAGAAGUAGAGAUAUGAAAAAAAGACACAGAAUCAUUGCAAAAUCUACUAUAUAAGCCAUUAAGUCACCCUGCCAACAACCUCCGGUCAGAUUGUUGAUAUUUAGAAGGUGACUGAGUUUCAAAAUCUGCAGAGCUUUGCCUGAAAAUCAACCUUAUCACAAUGGAUGAGGUUCUGUGACCUGUAAACAUUGGCCAGGCUGAAAAUUGCACAGUGGUUGAGAGGAGAUGGCUGUGUUGCUGCGGAAAAUAUUAAGAGCUCACUGCCUCUCACGGUGAGCUAUUUUUCUGCUGUUUGAAGCCGGCUUAAGGGAUGCUUGAUUGCAUGUAGAUAAGAGAAAUCUAUUCUUCUUCUGAAUUAGGAACACUUUCAAUGCCCUGUAUACACACUAUAAACUGCAAACUAUCAAACUAACUACAAGGUAAAGAAAGAAAUGCUUCUUUGUUUUUUCUCAGGGAUAAGUCAAUAUCAAACAUGGUCAAACUGACACUGCCUUUGCUAAACAAAAAUGUUGCAACGCUGUAUUCCAUGAAUGCACCCAUUGAGUAACUUUGUAAAACAAUCCAUAAGACAAAAAUGAGACAAUUCUAGAGAUGAUAUAUUCUGCUUUAACUGACUUUGCUGUAGACAGUAACACUUCAAAUGGAACAUAUCAGUCAUUGCCAUCGUAGAGAGAGCUGGCAAACAAUUCUGUUUGUCAUACUGAAAAGCAGCUAUAAAGAUUCAGACCAGUGAAACAUUGCACUGUAGUUACUCAUUUAUUCUCUUCAACCCUGGAGAGACAUUGCUAAAAAAAUUACAUGUACAAGAAAACCUUAAGUUGAAAAGUAGUUCGUUUGCAUGCUAUGUCAACCUGUAUAAUUUCACUUCUCUGUCUCAAAAUGUGGAUAGUUGCUUGAAAGCUGUACAUGAAAGCUGACACUUGCCUACCAAUGGCCAGUAUUUCUAUAGAAUAACUAACUAAAGUGGUUCAGGUGUAGUGAAAUGAUAGAGGACUUUUGUGAAGCAAACAGAUGAAAUCGGCAGGAUAUACGUGAAGACAUUCAACACAGUUUUGAAAAGACGGUUUACUUGUAGAGAUUGUAUUAUUUGUUUUUAUGAGAAUGAAUACAAAGGCAGAAAACUACAGGAAGUUAGUUUUUAUUGUCAACAGAUUGUAUUGUCCAGGAGGAAAAGGAGAUCACUAUAUGACUGUGAAUGAUAUAAUGUUUUCUAUGAGCUUGUCUGCCAGCUAAGCUGUAAGAUUUCAGAGUCUAGAAACUUUCUGUUCAUGAAAUAUGUAUAUUUUUGGCUAACUGAUACUAAACGUUUGUCAUUAUUUAUAAAAAUCGCAGGUAAAAGUCUUAAGGCUACUACUUAGUCUAACAGCAAAACAUUCUCAUGUUCAACGUUAAGAGAAAUUUUAUGAACAUGUUAGUUAAAAUCAAAGCCAAUUAUGAAAAUUGCAGAGGAAAUUUUAGAAUGAUAUUCACCUUAAAAAGAUGUACGUCUAGCUGUCAUUUUGAAACAAACUGGUGAUGAUUUGUAGUUUUUAGUCUUGAGUUUUGAAUGUCAUCAGAAUUUCAGUAUUUAUGUAUGGAACCAAGAGUGCAGUAUGUCUUGAGUGUAAACCGUACCUACAUGUAUCUAUGUAUACAUAGAUUCAGUCUGCAGACUUCCUAUUCAGCUAGCCUGGUACCCAUUCUAUUCUAGUUCUGUUUGCUUCUUUUGUGGCUUUGCUGCAAAAUAGUCUAGCGUUCAUUGAUAGAGAAACUAUUGGUACAUUCUGUACUUGAACAUUCGUCCUAAAAUAUAGGCUAGAGUUGGCUCUGAGCCCUUUGGCCCUGGGGUUCAAGGCAGCUGAUGAAUUUUUGAUUCCUGAAAUUAUGCAGGAAGUA